UGGGCGAUUCGCCACACCUUAGAGAGAGAUAUGAGGGAGGAACUGUCGCUCUCCUUCGACCCCCGUACCCGGAGGAGGCAACGGAAUCAAGGCGAUUUCGCACCCCGGCCGUGGCGCCCUAUAUAAGAGACCCGCGACGAAGCCGUCGUAGUACUUCCAUAUCCACAGCUCCAUACACAUACAUCGAUCCAUUGGCCUGCCUCUGCCUUGCCUGGUGGUAUCUAGCUAUGUCGACAAUGGAGGUGAAGCAGCCCCGGCAGGUGGCGAGGCGGUUCCUGGCGCGGCCGCAGCACGAGGGCGCCGGCGCCGUCGUCCGCCGCAGCAUCGGCAGGUUCGAGCUGAGGUACUUCGACCCGUUCCUCGUCCUGGACGAGUUCUCAGCUUCUGCGCCGUCUGGGUUCCCCGACCAUCCGCACCGAGGCUUCGAGACCGUCACCUACAUGCUCGAGGGAGCGGUGACGCACGAGGACUUCGAGGGCCACCGUGGCACGAUCAAGGCCGGCGACGUGCAGUGGAUGACGGCCGGCCGCGGCAUCGUGCACUCCGAGAUGCCCGCCGGCCCCGGCACCUCCAAGGGCCUCCAGCUCUGGGUCAACCUCGCCUCCAAGAACAAAAUGGUCGAGCCGGGGUACCAGGAGUUCCAGAGCAAGGACAUCGCGUCCACGACGUCGGCGGACGGCGACGUGACGGUGCGCGUCAUCGCGGGGGAGGCCAUGGGCGCCCGGUCGCCGGUGCGCACGCGGACGCCGACCAUGUACCUCGACUUCACGGUGCGCCCGCACGCCACCGCGCCCGUGCGGCAGCCGGUGCCGGCCUCGUGGAACGCGUUCGUGUACGUGCUCGAGGGCGAGGGCGUGUUCGGGCCGACGGCGGACCAGCCGGCGGGGGCGCACCACCUGCUGCUGCUCGGGCAGGGCGGCGACGGCGUGGAGGUUUGGAACAGGUCGGACAAGCCGCUCCGGUUCGUGCUCGUCGCCGGCGAGCCCAUCGGGGAGCCCGUGGCGCAGCUGGGCCCAUUCGUGAUGAACACGGAGGAGGAGAUCGACGCCACCGUCAACGACUUUGAGUACUUCAUCAAUGGGUUCGAGAAGGCCAAGCAUUGGAAGUCGCAGGCCAUGAUCGCGCUAGAGCUAGAGUACGUAGGGUGAAAGAACGCGGUGAAGAACGUGCUGUGCGCAUUUCCUGUACGAGGUUAUUUAUUUGUUUAUUUAUUUCUUUCUUUCAUCCCGACAUCAGUGAUCGCUUUCAUGUACAUAUUCCAUAACAUAAGGGUACAGUAUACUGAUUAAAAAAAACAGUAUACUGAAUUAUACUUA